GGUGAAUUGUAAAUAAUUCGUAUAAAUAGAAAUUUUUUUUUGUACAAGUCUAUUAAACUUAUCAAACAAAUAUAUUAAUAAUCUAAACACACUACACAAAAAAAAAAAAAUGAAAUUUAUUCAAUCUUUAAUUCUUUUAAUUGUUGCUUUCUUUGCUCUCUCAUCAGCUGCUUUCACUGGUUUCAACGUUACUGAUACUACCCAAAAAUGCGGUUUUAAUGUCCCAGCCAAUGGUUCAUGUACAUCAAAUUCAAAAUGUGGUGCCCAAUCAAACACUGUUUACUCUUAUUCAAUUGCCCCAACUAAAAGUGCAUCCAAUGUAAAUAACUACACUAUCACCGGUUUCUCAGAUGCUGCCUGUAAAGCUGUUGCCAAUAAUUUAUUUGUUGGAAAUUUCCUUUGUGAUGCUAAUAAACCAGUUUCAGUUAAAGUAAACACCAAUACCGUUCAAGUCACUUGUGUCGAACAAAAACACGAUAGUAGUUCAGCCUCUACCACUAUUGCUAGUUUCGCAGUUGUAUUAGCCGCCUUAAUUGCUGCUUUACUCUAAAUAAAAAAAAAAAAAAAAAAAAAAUUUAAAAUUAAUAUAAAUUUUUAUAUAUAUUUAUAAAUUAUACUAUUUUUAUUUUUUAUCUAGAAAAUAAAUAAAUAAAUUAAAGACUAUAAUAUUAUUAAGCUAUAAUAAAUAAAAAAAAUAGAGUUAUAAUAUUGUUUUAUUAUUUUAUUAUUUAAUUAUUCAAUUAUUUAUUUGUU